GCAGUGGCAUUAUAAAAAAUUUAAGAAAAAAGUGAUAAUCACACACUGCAAUAUGCAAUACCAAACUACACUAAUUGUGAUUCUACUUUUCCCAAACCCUUUAGAACCCGAUUCUUCUUAUCUGAACAACCCAAUCAAAUCUCUACCGUCCAUUUAAACAAAGUCCAAAUCCAACCGUUGAUCCUCUCUCUCUUUCUCCCUCUUUAUCAUCAAUGAGCAAUUAGUUUUUCCCUUUCGGUCACGAAUUCUCAGACACCGUUUCCACUCACUCCGCGCCAACGACAAUUAAUCCAAAAAAAGAACGAAACCUUCAGUGACUUUCUUUUUACAUGAACGACCUGCACGAAAUGAUGCCUUACUCUCAGAUCUUUCAAAACAACCGAAACUACGCCGUUUGGCCGCCGUACCCGCCGGAAAACGCGGCGGUGUUCCCUCACCCUACGGCGUUCAAUCCGCAUCCGGGUCGGGUAACUGGAAACAAAAGGAAAGACUUUUACCGAACCGGUUCGGGUCCGCCGGUGAUCCGCUCCGGCGCGAAAGGUUGCCGGAUUAACCACCCGAAGCGAAUUCUCGGCCGCGGCGGUGCCGCCAAUCGGCUCACGCCGCCGUUCGCUCCGCGCAACACAACGUCGUUCAUAAUCCGGACGAAGAAUUGUGGCGGCAUGGUGUCGCCGCCGACUCCUGAGGCGGCGACAUCAUCCCCGGCGAUCCUGCCGGCGGCGUCUCUGUCUCCGGCGACGUUCGACGAGAAGGCUGCGAAGGAGCAGUGGGGAUUCAACGGCUACGGCUCCAUGAAGGGCCUUAUUCGGCUCCGGCCAGGAAAUUGUGAUUCCGGCGCCGGCAGGUUCGAAAUGGUGUACCCUAAUUCCGGUGAAGAACAUAAAAACUUGGACAAAAGGGUUGCUGAACAAGAUACCCAUAUUGCACAGCUUGAAGAGCAGAAUUUGACGCUGAAGGAGAGACUUUUGUUCAUGGAAAGACAAUUGGAUGACAUGAGAAGGAGGGUUCAGUUCUUGGAGACCUACGGAACGACCAGCCGCGGUGGUGAGGGCGGGGCGGAGAAUUUCCCCGCAGCCGGAGAUGUUUGCUCAGUAAAGAGCUAUAUAAACAAUUCUGGUGUUGUUGACGGUGAUAAUAAUAAUGUUGAUGAAAAUAAUAAUUGGGAAGAUAUUUUGUAGUGGUAGAAGUUUUUUUUUACUUUGGUAGGUAAAUAAAAAAUUGUACAAAUAUGAUAAUGUAGGGUUAGUUUUAGUUUGAAUUGGUUUAGUUUAAUUUGACUUGGUUUAGUUUAUAUCUGUUUAAGUAGUAGUUAAUGUAAAUACUCUUUUGUAACCUAUCUCUUUCGUGAACAAACUUGGGUUGCGCCUUGUGAGUUUAGUUAGGAGUAAGGACUUUGAAACUAAGCUGAAUAAGAAAUUGAUAUUGUAGAUUA